CAUUCAUUCUUCCUCAGACUCGUACAGUAGUCGGUCAGCAAACGACGUCUUAUACUGAUUGUGAGACCGACCGCUUUAUCGCUGCACAACGUGCGGUUCCUAUCGCCGGAUAACAAAAAAGCAAACCAUUGGAAACACUCCUUCUAACAAUUGUCAACCGGCGAAGAAAGUAAAAUAGGAAAAGAAAAGGAAAGAAAAGAAAAGAAAAAAGAAAACAGGGGAACGGAACGACGGUCGAACUCGUUCGAGAUUCGGAAGAAAGAGAAAAGCUCUUCCUCGCAAACGUUACCUCCAAUUUUCGGAAAGAUAGACUUUUCUGUUUAACUCAAACACAAACUCACGUUCAAAAUGCUGGUGGAAUACGCUGCCAAGUGGGUUUGGAAGGCGUUAGGGGGUUCGACGGGGGAUGUUAUGUUCACUCUUACGGUGUUCGCGUUGGUGUUCGCAAUAGUGAGAUCUGCUCAGUGGCUAAAGUUCGCGCUUUCCCUUCCUCCUGGGCCUUGGGGCCUCCCUGUGGUCGGGUAUUUACCGUUUUUAAAGGGUGAUAUUCACAUACAUUUUGGACAACUCGCUAAAAAAUACGGUUCUAUGUUCAGUGCUCGGCUUGGUACUCAACUCGUUGUCGUACUGAGCGAUUACAGGGCGAUAAGGGACACUUUUCGACGCGAAGAAUUCAACGGAAGACCUCACAACGAGUUCAUGAACAUCCUGGGGGGAUACGGUAUCGUGAAUUCCGAGGGUGCGAUGUGGAAGGAACAGCGGAGGUUCCUUCACGACAACCUGCGGAGUCUUGGAAUGACGUACCUCGGUGCUGGAAAGAAAAUCAUGGAAACCAAGAUAAUGAGGGAGGUUAACACGUUCCUCCGGUCGUUGUCCGUGCGUCGCGGUGCUCCGACGAAUAUUUCACCGUCACUCGGAAUGUCCAUAAGCAACGUGAUAUGUUCGAUAAUAAUGGGGGUUCGUUUUCACCACGGAGACAGUCGGUUCAAACGAUUCAUGAGUUUGAUAGAAGAGGGUUUUCGGCUUUUCGGGACUAUGGUGGCUGUUAAUUUUAUUCCCAUGAUGCGGUAUCUGCCGGGACUUCAGAAAAUAAGGGCAAAAAUAUCGGAGAAUCGGUCGGAAAUGGCCACGUUUUUUCAAGAAACGGUCGAACAACAUCGCGCCACUUUCGACGAGGGAAAUAUCCGAGAUCUCGUCGAUGCUUACCUCCUGGAGAUUCAGAAAGCUAAGAACGAAGGCCGCGACGCUCAACUCUUCCAGGGAAUGAAUCACGAUCGUCAGAUGCAGCAAAUCCUUGGUGAUCUUUUUUCCGCCGGUAUGGAAACGAUAAAAACUACGUUGGAGUGGGCGGUUGUAUUGAUGCUGCAUCAUCCCGAAGCAGCGAAAGCGGUUCAAGAAGAAUUAGAUCACGUAGUCGGUCGUUCACGAAUGCCAGAAUUGGAAGACCUUCCAUUUCUUCCGAUAACCGAGUCAACGAUCCUCGAAGUUUUGCGCAGAUCGAGUAUCAUCCCCCUGGGUACAACGCACGCGACAACCCGGGAGGUCAAACUGAACGGUUUCACUAUUCCCGCUGGUGCUCAAGUUGUUCCUCUUCUUCACGCGGUUCACAUGGACCCCGACCUCUGGAACGAGCCGCAAGCUUUCCGUCCGGAUCGUUUCAUAUCAGCGGAGGGUAAGGUUUGCAAGCCCGAAUAUUUUAUGCCAUUUGGCGUUGGUCGUCGCAUGUGUUUAGGCGACGUGUUAGCGCGUAUGGAGCUUUUCCUAUUCUUCAGUUCUUUGCUCCACACAUUCGACAUCACUCUUCCCGAAGGUGCGUCCUUACCAAGUUUGAAAGGUAACGCGGGUAUAACCGUUACUCCCGAUCCCUUCAAAGUUUGUGUUACCCAAAGAACUCUAGAUGGUCUAGAUUUCGAAAGUCCCGAGGGCGUCACCGGUUCCCUGAGGAACGUAGGGAGUCACUAAAAUUAGGCGAUCGUUAUUUAUAAGAGAACAGAAAACAAAAAACAUAAAAAAAAAAAAAAACUAAAUAAACAGCACGGUAGUUCCUAAUACCGGUGAUGAUUAUAUCGUACACUUCAAGUAUGAAACGGAAUUAUUGAAUAUAUUUCAAUUUCAUCCCACUUAUAAUAUGUAUAGAUUACUGUAUACCGUGACGGGAGAAAAAGUGCCAUUACUUUAUGUUCGAUAUAAAAAGAAAAAGGGAAAAGGGUGGGGGGAAGGGGGGGGGGGGGAAAUACGUUCGGAAAUGAUACGUGGCAGCUUUUUACGUUGGCUGGCGAUAUCGAAAGAGAAAAAAAAAUUUUAUUUUUUUUUCUUCUCUACCGUUCAAAUCAUUUGAUCGAUCCAAAGAACCUGCUUCUGCAACGCAUCUCUUUCACGCCCGUGCCCCUUUUUCAUGUGUAUAUUAGACAGUAAAGACACGAUAAUGAUAACAAUGACAAUGAUAAUAAUCAUGACGAUCAUGAUGAAUAAUAAUAAUAAUAGUAAUAAUAAUAAUAAUAGUAAAAGUAAUAAUAAUGGCAAUAAUAAUGAUGAUACUAAUUAUGACAAUAAGAAUGAUGAUAAUGAUAGGGAUAAUAAUAGUCAUAAUGAUAAUAACGAGUAUCGACUAAUCCUACCAUAUAGAUUGUAAAUCGCAAUCACCCUAAUAAUUCUCGCCCAUACUUAACGCCAUAUAGAUAUGUACGAUAAUAAUGAAAAUAAUAUUUAUUGCCGCACACCAUAUAUAAAUGUAGGUAUUAUCCAAACACCCGGAUAAAAUAUUUUUUAAUGAUUAAAAUAAUGGGGGGGGGGGGGGGGAGUAAGAGGGUAAUAUCAUCCAUCGUGAGAGUCAAAAGAAGGAAAAUAGAAAGAUGGAUAAAAAAGAAAGAGAGAAUGAAAAAAAAAACACCGCGAGUGUUCAAUAAUAUAAAUCUAUAUGCAUAUAUUAUAACAGUUAUAGACGAGAUUUAAUUCCAACUAUUACCUAUACUAUACGAGGUGCCGAAAUAUUUAACAAAAAUUGGACAUAUAUAUAUAUAUAUAUAUA